GGUGACGUGCGAAGUUUGAGUUUUUAUCCCUUUUGCAGAGUUGGUGGUGCGAGAAUGUGGGUGGUGCUUUCUUCCCCCCAAAAGCAAGCGUUGAUUCGCAAUUCAAUUGCAGAAUCAGGGUGUUACCUCCAAGUCCAACCCACCCCAAAUAGAUCAAGAAUCUCCUUCUCUCUCAAAAACUUCGCAAGUUCAUCAUCAUUAGCAGCGAAAUGCCAGCAACAGCAAAGUAGAGAACCCGUAACCAAAACCCAAGAUGAGGGGAUUCCCGCGGAAGAGGUGAAAAUCCUAGUGAAGUUCAAGUCUCGCCACAACUACAUCAGGGUUCUAGAAGUUUCUAGAAAAGCCGACCACCCAUUUCGCGGUUCCCGUCUUCUCCUCCUCGACGGCCCCGGAAACAUCCACAGCAUAUCUUUCCUCUUCAAAACCCUCACAAACACUUACUUCGACGUCUUCGCCAUGCUCCCACCCAUCGUCCCGCCGGGACCCUUGGCCGUCCUCGGCUUCGGCGCCGGCUCCGCCGCCCGCAUCCUCCUCGACCUCUACCCGGAAGCGGUUAUCCACGGCUGGGAGCUUGACCCUUCCGUUAUUCAAGUUGGUAGAGAGUAUUUCAACCUCUCGAGGCUCGAGAGGGAAAACCCACAGAGGCUUUUCAUCUACGUUGGAAAUGCCUUGAACGCGAGUAUGGCAAAUGGGUUCUCUGGGAUUUUGGUGGAUUUGUUCUCGGAAGGGAGUUUGAUACCUGAGCUUCAGGAACCUGCCACGUGGGAGAAGCUCAGCAGGUGUUUGAGGAAAGGAGGGAGGAUAAUGGUGAAUGUUGGAGGGAGUUGUGUGGUGGCGGAGAAUAAGCUUAGAGAUGGGAAGGUUAUGAUGGAAGAGACUCUGAAGGCGAUGAGAGUGGUUUUUGGGGAGAAGCUUUUCGUUCUCAGUCUUGGGAAUCGCAAGGACGAUAGUUCCCUUGCUCUUACUGGGGAUUUACCACAACCUGAUCUCUGGAAGAAGGUGCUUCCAGACCCCUUGAGAUAUUACGUCGAUUUGUGGACGCCCUAUUCUGGUUAGUUCCUCGUGCUGCUUCCUCCAUGCUUGCUCAGCAACUGUUUGUUUUUAUUCCUCUGUGAAAUCUACAGUUUCGCCUCGACCAUAUUUUCAUUACUUGAAGAAGGAGGGAAAUAGGUAAAUCUCAUUUUUGCGUGGAAUAUGAUGGUUUUAUACUUAUUCACCACUUAACCAUGCACUUGUUUAAAUUUCAUAAAAUUUUGUAGGAUUUUAUGACAAGUAUAAUCUAAGUCAAUAUUAAAUUCACCAAAAGAUAAUUCAGUCAUAGCUUAAGUCGUUUGUACGUCGUUUUGUGGGGAUAAUAAAUAACCGUGCACAAUAGUCUAGUGACAAAUAGUUCAGGUAAGGUUUUCUAAAAUAAAUUCAGGAUGAGUCCCGGUUAUACUAUAUACAGAUUUGAGAAUGGAAAGCUUUUUCUUUC